CCUUAAACCUUAGCUUGUUUACCCGACACACAAACACCACUAUAACAAAACCUGUUCUCUCUUAUUUCCAUUCACAUAUGUACAUGGCGACAAAUAGAGUCCAUGAAAAAUCGGAUCACCACGUGAAAGAAGAGGAAGAUGAAGAGGAAGCAUUGUCGCUUUGUGAUCUUCCGGUAACUUUGAUCCAUCACAAGGUUCAGCAAGACCAACCAAGACCGGACCCUUUCUUAAUUAGGGAAAGGAGGGAAGAACAAGAAGACAACUUCAAUUUCAAUUCACAUGGCGAUUCCUUCUCCAAAGAGCCAGAAAUGUGCGCUGCAGACGAAGUCUUCUUUCAAGGCCAGAUCCUCCCGCUGCACCCAAAAACCAAACCAUCCUCCAAAAUCGACGACGGUAAUGACAAUAUAAAUCAAUUCAAAUCCACGCCUUGCGAAUCAAGGUCGGAGUCCAUGGACCAUGGUUCGGUAGGCGAGUUUCGCAGCAGCAACAGCAGCAGCAGCAGAAGCAGCAGCCUGAGAAGCCAGAACUCAUCAAGCAGCAGUAGCUCCACCACCACCAAAACCAAAUCCAAACCCAAAAUUCGAAACCAAUUCCACACAAUUCCAAGUCCUAAACCCCAAUUAAGACAGUCGAAUUCCCUUCCAAGAAAUUCAGUUAGUUCUCAAGGUCGCAAAUCGUCGUCAGCAUGGGAGUUUUUCCGUUUAGGCGUGUUCCCUGCACCGGAGAUAGGACUCCAUGACAUAAAGACCCGAAACAAUAACGGUAACAGAAAUUCCGUUAGUCGCAAUAGCAGUAGCGGUAGUAGCAACAACCGUAGCCCUUCCUUGAACUCUACAACAAAAAGUAAUACUAAUAAUCAUGUGAUGAAACAGUUUGUUGGCAAAGGCGGUGGUAUAUUCAGUGGUUGCAGUUGUUCCGUGGAAACCGUUGCGCGAUUCAACACGCGCAAAGGCGGUGCUGGUGGGGUUGGUGGUAAUAAUAAUAAGAAUAAGAAUAAGAAUAAAGGAUCCAACAAACAAGAAAGUGAAACGCACGCUGCGAAAGAAAAGGUGUUGGCCGAGUUGAAAAACAAAAAGAAGAUGGAGAACAGGGAAAAGAAGCAGCAAUUGAAGACAGUGGUGAUGUCACGUCGUCGUCUUAGAACGUUUGAAUGGCUAAAGGAGCUACAUGCAAUAAGCAAUGAUAGUAGUGUUGAGGAGAGGGCUUUGUUAUCAUCAUCAUCAUCAUCAUCAUCAUCAUCGAAUUAAUUGAUCAUGCCAUGUCAUGAAUGUUAAUGCUGUGGGGCGUGCUCGAUCGCAUGCUUUUAGUUUAAUCUUUUAGAUUAGAUUAGAUUAGAUUAGGUUAGAUUAUUUGAUUAUGAGUUUGUGGAUGUAGCUUUUGCUUUCCUUUAUUUUGAAUUGAAUUUAUAAUAUUGUUGUAGUGCAGGCUCUGUAAUCUAUAUUUCUUACUUUCUCGUGAGAAAG